CGUCACUACCGCCCAGUUUCUGGGCGGUGCUAAGAUGGACGCUCUACAGGCUCGGGAGAGACUUCGGCGGAGAUACCUGUUCCCGCGGGACGUGGUGGUCCAGCAGGACCGCGAGGGCUACGCCGGGCCGGAAACCUCUACACCUGUUGAGAAAAAGGAGAAACCUCUUCCAAGACUUAAUAUCCAUUCUGGAUUCUGGAUUUUGGCAUCCAUUGCUGUGACCUAUUAUGUUGAUUUCUUUCAAACCGUUAAAGAAAACUUUCACACCAGCAGUUGGUUUCUGUUUGGCGGUACCUUGUUGCUUGUUAGCUUAUCGAUUGCAUUUUACUGCAUAGUCUAUCUGGAAUGGUAUUGUGGAAUUGAAGAUUAUGAUAUCAAGUAUCCAACGUUGAUACCUAUUACAACUGCUACUUUUAUUGUAGCAGGAAUUUGCUUCAAUGUUGCUUUAUGGCAUGUGUGGUCAUUUUUCACUCCACUGCUGUUGUUUACCCAGUUUAUGGGGGUUGUAAUGUUGAUCUCACUCCUUGGAUGAUUUCUAAAGGUGUAAGGGCAUGUCAGUUUAAAGUGAAUGAUUAAUAUCCUGCUAGCUGAAAGCACCGCAGACAUAAUGGAAAAGCUACAGUGUGUUUUUGCAUCUAUGAAGUGAAUGGUUUCCUUGGAAGAAUUGUAACUUUAUAGCUCUGUAGUUGAAAUCAGAAUAAAUUAUAUUUCAUUUGUAUAUUCCUAAACUCAUUAUCGAAUUUUUCAGAUUCAAAGUAGAAAUAUUCUAUUCAAGACAGAAAUAACUAAUUUGCAGUGUUAAUCUGUUUGGAUCAUUGGAGAAAUUGUUGGUGUAAAAAUUUAAAUGAAUUUUCAUUAGAGAUGCAUAAUGUACUCCCGAUAGUUCAGAGAAGUUGUUCACUCUUCCAUUUAAGGGUGAGCAGUUCAGUGGUUGAGAUGACUGGGUGUGUAUAUAGAGGAAUGAUAGUGUCAUGUGCCUUUAACACAACUUCAGCAAUUCCUAAUAAUACCGUUUUUAUAAUAGCUUUGUAAGGAGGAGGACCAGUUGAAAGGAUUUUGUGUUUUCCCAUCACUUAAGAUUUAUCACUGUGUAAAUUACAGGGUUUUUAGCAUUUGUUUAACAUAUGAACUUUUAAUCAUCUUAAGUGCGUGUAAUUUUUUUCUUAAUAUUUAAAUAAAGUAUUUCUAUAACUUU